UCGCCGAGUGCUUGGCGAGAGCAGGUCGCAAGCAGCGGCAGUGUCGCCAACCCCACACACGUCAACUCGCACGCGAUGCCCUCGAAGGAGCCGGAGAUGGGCACGCCCGUGCAGGAGUUCUACCGGGACACGAGCGUGCUGGUGACAGGCGGCACGGGCUUCAUGGGCAAGGUGCUGAUGGAGCGGCUGCUGCGCUGCUGCCCGGCUCUGAGGCAGGUGUUCCUCAUCAUCCGCAGCAAGAAGGGCGUCGACGUGGACAGCCGCGCAGAGCAGCUCUUCAACGACCCGCUGUUCGACAAGCUGAAGCAGGAGGUGCCCAAGUUCCGGCACAAGGUGACGGUGGUGUCCGGAGACUGCUCGCUGCCGCAGCUCGGUCUGUCCGAAGCGGACCGCCAGCGGCUAGCACGGGAGGUGGACGUGGUGUUCCACGGCGCCGCCACGGUGCGCUUCGACGAGCCGCUCGGGGUCGCCAUGGACAUCAACGUGUUCGGCACCCAGCACAUCCUGCAGCUGGCCAAGGACAUGCCGCGCCUCAAGGCCUUCGUGCACGUGUCGACGGCCUACUGCAACUGCACGCGCCAGAGGAUCGAGGAGGAGUUUUACCCGCUGCCUCUGGACGUGAAGGAGCUGCUGGCCGAGUUCAAGGCUGUGGACCACAAAGAGCUGGACCUCGUUACGCCCAGGUUUCUGGGCAAGUACCCGAACACUUACGUGUACACCAAAGCGGUCGCCGAGAACGUAGUGAAGGAGUACGCUGGCGACCUGCCAGUCGGCAUCUUCCGACCCGCCGUGGUGAUCGGCACACGGUCCGAGCCACAGCCAGGCUGGAUCGACAACAUCUACGGGCCGACGGGCGUUCUGCUGGGGGUCGGCAUGGGCCUGUUGCGUGUCGUCAACAUCGACCCUAACAACGUGGCCAACAUGGUGCCCGUCGACAUGACGGUGGGCGCGCUCAUCGCGUCCGCCUGGGAGGUGCACAGUGUGCACGGGGCGGGCGGCAGGGGCGCUGGCUCGCUGCCCGUCUACAACUACGUGUCGUCCACGCGGCGGCCCAUCCUGUGGAAGGAGUUCUCGGGCACGGCCAACCGACUCGGCCAGGAGAUCGCCUCAACCAAGGGCAUCUGGUACCCGACCAUCACGCUCACCCGCCACUACCACGUCUACCUGCUGCUGUCCUUCUUCCUGCACAUCCUGCCCGCGCUGCUGGUGGACGCAGCCACCCUCGCCAUCUUCAGGAAGCCCAGGAUGCUCAAGAUUUACCAGAAGAUCCACCGCUUCGUGAAAGUCAUAUCCUACUUCGGCACGCACAACUGGGACUUCGACGACGGCAACGUGGUGGCGCUGUGGAGGCGGCUGUCGCCCGAAGACCGGACGCUGUGGGACUUCGAUAUCGCCGGGCUGGACUGGGACGACUUCAUCGAGAAGUACAUGUACGGCUGCCGCAUCAACCUCCUGAAGGAGGACCCCAGCACCAUGCAGCAGGGCAGGAUCAGGAUCAGGAGGCUGUACUGGCUGCACACGGCGACGAAGACCGCGCUGGUGCUGCUAGCUCUGAAGGUCCACUGGGUGCUCUUCUCGUCUUUCUUCCAGGCCAUUUGACCGCGUGCGCGUUCCCAGCGCAAGUCACAGCGCGCCCGGCCCAUUUGACCGCCCACCAGACAUGGCUUAUUCAGUUGCCACGGGACGACUUGCACGCCCUGGAAAACUAAAACAAACAGGGCCGUAUUUACGCGCAGGCUAUCCAGGCUGUAGCCUAUGGGCCCGCACCACACGACAC